CAUCAGAAGAAGUGGAAUAUUCAUCCUGAUGGAUAGAUAGAAAGAUCACACACAGAGAUCCAUGAUGAGUUUAUAUAAUGGAUAAUUCCCAUGAAACACCCUCCAUUAAGGAGCUGGAAAAAAUACUGUUUGGAGGGAAGAAAAGUGGAAAUCAUGUGGAUGAAGUUUGGCCCAACUUGUUCUUGGGUGACAUGUCUGCAGCCAAUGAUCGGUUCAUUCUGUGGAAGCUGGGCAUCACUCACGUCUUAAACGCAGCCCAUGGAAAGAUGCAUUGCCAGGGCAGCCAUGAGUUUUACGGAUCAGCAGUCGAGUACUAUGGAGUCCCAGCAGAUGAUUCACCAUCAUUCAACUUGUCUGUUUAUUUCCACCCUUGUGCUGAUUAUAUUCAGAAUGUUCUCAACUAUUCAGGGGCACGGAUUUUGGUUCAUUGUGCUGUGGGAGUGAGUCGCUCCGCUUCUCUGGUUCUGGCAUAUCUCAUGAUCCAUCAGCACUUAUCACUACUGGACGCUAUUAAAACUAUCAAACAACAUCGAUGGAUUUUCCCAAAUCGAGGAUUUCUCAAACAACUACGGGCCCUUGAUGGGACUCUGCGCUGUGUAAAGUGAUUUUUAGGAUAGAAGAUAACAUUCCAGUUUAAACCUGUGAUGAUACAGGAGAUCUUUACAGGUUUUGGGAUUCUGUUCUCACUGAUAGCCAUAUAUAUUAGAAAUCAUGGACGGUCCUGAAAUUGUCAUCGUAGAUGCAUCGUAGACAUCAUCUAAAAAAAAUCCAGAAAUCACAAUGUAUGAUUUUUUAACUAUUUAUUUGUAUGAUACAGCUGCAAAUAAGUAUUUGAACACCUGAGAAAGUCAAUGUUAAUAUUUGGUAUAGUAGCCUUUGUUUGCAAUUACAGAGGUCAAACAUUUCCUGUAGUUUUUCACCAGGUUUGCAGGAGGGAUUUUGACCCACUCCUCCACACAGAUCUUCUCUAGAUCAGUCAGGUUUAUGGCCUGGCGCUGAGAAACACAGAGUUUGAGCUCCCUCCAAAGAUUUUCUAUUGAGUUUUGGUCUGGAGACUGGCUAGGCCACACCAGAACCUUGAUAUGCUUCUUACAGAGCCACUCCUUGGUUAUCCUGGCUGUGUGCUUCGGGUCAUUGUCAUGUUGGAAGACCCAGCCUCCACCCAUCUUCAAUGCUCUAACUGAGGGAAGCAGGUUGUUGUCCAAAAUCUUGCAAUACGUCGCCCCAAUCAUCCUCUCC